AAGGUGGCAUGGCGAGAGUGGACAGGACCUUGGAGAACCCUUCGUGCAACCUUGAAUUAGAGCUGGGCCCUAAGCACAGGUCCUGAAGUCGGGAAGGCUUGGGAGCUGCUACCAGGUCCGUGCCGCGUUGAACGCAGCCAGGGUGCGCCUCCGGGUUCCCGCGGCGGAGUGUGGGAGGUCAGGGUCAGGUUCAGACGUGGUCCUGCAUGUUGGGUUAAUGGAGACUACCAUGGUUCGGGGCGAGGAAUGGCUCUGAGAGUUUUGAGCCUCUUUCAUGCAUCUCGACAUGGGCGCGUCUCUCGGUCAGCACGAUACCCUUCCGCACAACCGCCAGCUGCGGUGUUUUAAGAUGUCAUCCCCACAAAACCCGGGAGGUCAGGCCCUGGGUCGGAGCGCAUGGGCUGGGCGUCCAGCCGCGAUUUCCCUCGGGAUUCCUCCAGGGCUGCAGCAGAAGGCGGAGAAGAGCCUGGGCGCGAACGCCGGGUGCCCGCCGGCUCGCUGCGCGCGCGGUCGCUUUAAGCGCCCCAGGUGCCGGGGGCCGGGAGCACGCGGCGUGGGCGGGGCCGGCGGCGCCCCCGGAUCGCUCUCAGGAGAAAGGGAGGGAGGGAAGCAGAGGGAGGGAAGGGCGACCUACUUCCUGAAUUGCCUGCAAAGCCCGGGGCGAGCUUGGCUAGCGCUGCGCAGAGAUGUCCAGAGGAUCAGCCUGGAGCCUGGCGAAGGGAAGCGCGCCCCCGGGGCCGGUCCCCGAGGGCCUCAUCCGUCUCUACGGCAUGAGGUUCUGCCCAUUCGCCAAGAGGACACUCCUGGUCCUGAAGGCCAAGGGGAUCAGAUACCAUCUUUGGUAACAAGCUUUGUUGGAAGGAGAAAUGAAAAAGACUGCUCUGGCCUGAAAGAAGAGUUCAACAAGCUAGAGGAGGUUCUGACCAAUAAGAAGACAACUUUCUUUGGUGGCAGUUCUCUUUCUAUGACUGAUUAUCUCAUCUGGCCCUGGUUUGAAUGGUUGGAGGCUCUGGAGUUAAACGAGUGUGUAGACCACACUCCAAAACUUAAGCUCUGGAUGGCAGCCAUGAAGGAAGAUCCCACAGUAUCGGCCCUCCUCACCAAUGGGAAGGCCUUGCAAGGUUUCUUAGAUCUCUACUUGCAGAACAGCCCCCAGGCCUGUGACUAUGGGCUCUGAUGGUGGCAGGAGUCAUCAGUGAAGAUUAUGUCUGAUUUUUCCUUCACUAAUACAAGUAAUAACAUGCUUUAAUUUUACCAAGUGCUCUAAGUCUCACUGGAUUACCUCCUCUGACUUGACACAUUAUGGCUUAACUGUGGGAUGUCCUCAAGGCCUUCCUGCAGAUAUGUUUGCAGAAUUUCAUCUCAGGGUGUUCAGGUGACUCAGAGGGAUCUAUCGCAUCUGUGAUGAAAACCUCUACAUCAUGAUCUCUAGUGAGAACUGGACUGCAAUGCAGAUUUCUAACUGCCCCUAAGUCAUUCCCACUUGGAUACCCUGUUGUCAUUUUCAAUGAGAUGCCCUUUCAAGUUUGUCUUCUCAUUUGAGAAACUUCCAAUUCCUCAUUCCUUCCUUUCUAUCAGCUUUCACUACCUUUCUUAUUCCCACUAUCACCAUUGAGACCACAUCUCCUCAAAGCCAGGUGAUUGGGUUCUGGCCUUGGUCUCCGUGGUCUCCCAGUCUCCAAUCUCUAUGCCCUUCAAAUCCUUCCUACCAAAUUCCAUCCUGGGCGCAAAGCAGACGUCCAAUACAUGUAGUUAAAUACUGUGAAGACCAAAUCUGGCAAUUCAGUUAGGCUGGAUGAGUAAUUCAGAAAUACUAAUUCCAUAUUCCUUACACUUCCACAGCCCAUUGGGCUUCUCACUAAUUUUUAUCAUCACAUCACAUUACCUCCAUGAGAAAAGGUGGAGAGGUUGGAGAGCAUCACCUCAUUGUACAGAAGAUUCAACUAAGGUCUGGGGUUAAGUGAGGUCUUAAGAUGUUGGCAGAACGAUCUGCAGAUACACCCAGCACACUGCUCUUCCCAUAAUGGGGGAAUGUAGACCUGCCCCAGUCCAGUCUGGUUCCUGUGCUUAUUU